AUGUCUCGAGCUGAUAAAUAUGAGAAAAUCGAACGCAUUGGUGAAGGUACUUAUGGAACGGUAUACAAGGCUCGAAGUCUAUUAACACAAGAUAUCGUCGCUUUGAAAAAAGUUCGAUUAGAUGAUGAAGAUGAUGGUGUUCCAAGCUCAGCUCUACGUGAAAUUUGUCUUCUAAGAGAAUUACGUCAUCCCAACAUAGUCAGAUUAUUAGAUGUUAUUCAUACCGAAAAAACCUUAAAUCUUAUCUUUGAAUAUUGUGAUCAAGAUUUAAAGAAAUAUUUUGAUUCAUGUAACGGAGAUAUUGAUCCGAAAACAGUACAAUCCUUUUUCUGGCAGUUAUUACAAGGACUAUCGUUUUGUCAUGAACAUAGUGUACUCCAUCGCGAUCUUAAACCACAAAAUUUACUGUUAACAAAGAAUGGAGAACUGAAAUUAGCUGAUUUUGGUUUAGCACGAGCUUAUGGCAUUCCAGUUAAAUGUUAUUCAUCAGAAGUUGUAACACUUUGGUAUCGACCGCCGGACGUGUUAUUUGGUGCAAAAAUCUACACAACUUCGAUUGAUAUCUGGUCAGCUGGUUGUAUCUUUGCAGAGUUGGCCAACGGUGGAAAACCAUUGUUUCCUGGCGAGAGUGUUGAUGAUCAAUUGAGAAGAAUAUUCAAAGUUAUCGGAACACCAACUGAAGAAACUUGGCCUGGCGUCUCUGCUCUACCUGAAUAUAAACCUUUUUCAAUCUAUCAACCAACACUGUCACUGAUACACUUUGUACCAAAAUUGAAUAAUAAAGGCAAAGAUCUUUUACUGGUGAAUAUCAAUCCAUCUUUCGAAAUAACUCGAACCUAA